CAAGGAGAUCUGUGACCCAGAAAUCGGUGGGAUGAUUGUCAUGUGUCCACUCUGUGAUAAAAAGUGCAGCUACUGGAAACUCAACUCAACAUGUCUGUCCUCCUGGCAAUCCCAUCUAUUUGAUAACGAGGGGACUGUCUUCUUUGCCAUGUUCAUGGGUAUUUGGGUGACCCUGUUCCUGGAGUUCUGGAAGCGGCGGCAGGCCCGUCUGGAGUAUGAGUGGGACCUUGUGGACUUUGAGGAGGAACAGCAGCAGCUACAGAUCAGACCAGAGUAUGAGUUGAAAUGCUCAGGCCGUAGACUCAACCACAUCACGCAGGAAAUGGAGCCUUAUCUUCCUUUCCCCAGCAAGUGUGCCCGAUUCUGUCUGUCUGGAGCAACUGUUGUCUUUUGGACGUGUCUGAUAGUGGCCUGUAUAAUGGGAGUGAUCGCUUACAGAUUGGCAGUUUAUGCAGCGUUUGCCAGCGUCAUGAAGGACAGCCCCACCAGUAAGAUCCAGCUGGUGGGCUCUCUCAUCACCCCUCAACUUGCCACCUCUGUCACUGCUUCCUGCAUCAACUUUGUCAUUAUCCUCAUUCUCAACUUCCUCUAUGAGCAUGUGGCCAUUUGGAUCACUGAUAUGGAGAUCCCCAAGACCCAUCUGGAGUAUGAGAAUAAGCUGACCAUGAAGAUGUUUAUGUUCCAGUUUGUGAACUACUACUCUUCCUGUUUCUAUGUGGCCUUCUUUAAAGGGAAGUUUGUGGGUUAUCCGGGAAACUACAGUUAUAUGUUUGGAAAGUGGAGCAAGCUGAGAAAUGAAGAGUGCACCCCUGGGGGCUGUCUGAUUGAGCUGACCACACAGCUGCUUAUCGUAAUGGCUGGAAAACAAAUGGUUGGGAACGUUCAAGAGGCUCUGUUGCCACUUUUCAGAAACUGGUGGGGCAGCAGGAAAGGGCGAAGUCAUCCAGAGAGUACAUACAGUAGAUGGGAGCAGGACCACGAUCUGCAGAACUUCAGCCAGUUUGGACUCUUCUAUGAGUAUCUGGAAAUGGUGAUCCAGUUUGGCUUCAUAACACUUUUCGUGGCCUCUUUUCCACUGGCCCCUCUUCUUGCCCUCUUCAACAACAUCCUGGAGGUGCGAGUCGAUGCUUGGAAGUUUACUACACAGUUCAGAAGGCCAGUGGCAGCGAAGGCCCGCAACAUUGGAGCGUGGAAAGAGAUCCUUAAUGUGGUGGCCAUCUUGUCCGUGGUCACGAAUGCUUUCAUUGUGGCAUUCACUUCAGAUAUGAUUCCUCGCCUGGUCUAUCUGUACGCCUACCACCCAGGCAGCGAGGCCACUAUGAGAGGUUACAUCACCAACAGCCUCUCCUUUUACAACAUCUCUCAGAUCCCUGAAGAUAACCUACCUGAACAUGGAGAAAACCCAUCCUGGUUUAACAGCUCUACCAUCACAAGAUGCAGCUAUCGGGACUACAGAUACCCACCUGGGCAUGAAAAGCAAUACACACACACAAUGCAGUUCUGGCAUAUCUUGGCUGCUAAGCUAGCCUUCAUCGUCAUUAUGGAA